AUGGUGUCCUUUAAGUUUGGUCGCACGGCGUUGGCAAGGCAUCAUGUUCGCUCCCCAGAUGAGAAGGCGCUGGUCCGACGACUGGACAUUUUCCUGCUAACCUUUGGUUGUAUUUCUCAAGUUAUCAAAUACUUGGACCAGCAGAACAUCAACAAUGCCUACGUUUCCGGCAUGAAGGAAGACCUCAAUCUCCUGGGAAAUGAGCUGAAUCUCUUCACGACAUACUUCAAUGCCGCCUACUGCGUUAUGCUCAUCCCCUCUCAGAUCAUUCUGACCUACGUACGACCCAGUUUCUGGCUGCCUGGUCUAGAGAUCGCCUGGGGGGUUCUAACCGGAUUGAUCGCCAUGUGCAACAGUGCGAAACAAAUAUAUGUUCUGCGAGUCUUUCUCGGUCUCUGUGAAAGUAGCGCCUGGCCUGGAAUGAUGACCUUAUUUAUGUACUGGUACACCCCCACCGAGCUUGCGAAACGCAUGGGAUUUUAUCAUUCGUGUCAAGCCGCCGGACAGAUGAUGUCUGGUGCUUUACAAACUGCCAUCACCAACACCAUGGAGGGACACCAUGGACUGGCCGGGUGGCGAUGGUUGUUCGUUAUUAACGCCAUUAUCACGGUGGUGUGGGGAUUCUUAGGAUUUUUCAUGAUUCCCGAUCUGCCAAAUAAGCCAAACCCCCGUGCGUUUUGGUUUAAGAAAGUGCAUGCCGAACUCUCCAUGGAGAGACUAGCACGGAAUGGCCGCGCGGAGCCGAAGAAGAUGACAUGGGCUGGUGUCAAGCGCACAUUUUCUGGCUGGGUGGUCUACUUCAUCGCGGUCUUGUAUAUCGCAACCGUACUAGGGACGUACGGCUACGUCUAUUUUUCGCUCUUCCUGAAAUCUCUCAAACGACCGGACGGCAGUCUAAGAUGGAGUGUCUCCCAGGUGAACGCAAUCCCCAUCGGCGGCUCAGCCAUCAACGUGGUCUUCGUAUGGGUGUGGGCCUUACUCUCCGACUUUCUGGAGACGAGAUGGACACUCAUCGUCCUGCAAGGCAUCAUUGGAAUCAUCCCGUGUAUCAUCAUGAGCAUCUGGACGCGACAUCCUACAUCGGUCGACGUAUCCGCCGCAUACGCGUCUUAUUUCAUCGCACACACCUGUCUCGGUACGGCCCCGCUCAUCUUCGCCUGGCUUGCGGAUCUCAUCCCACAAGACCCUGAAGCGCGCACGCUCGUCGUCGGUGUUGCAGUGGCCGGAUACUAUGCGAUUUCGGCGUGGUCACAAGUCCUGGUUUGGCCGGCGUCUCAAGCCCCCUAUUAUAGAUACGGUUGGCAGAGUGCUCUUGCGUUGUUGGUUCUUGUCAUCGUCAUGACUUGUAUUCUGCGCUUUAUCGAUGUGCGAUACUUGUUGCCGAAGCGUUUGGCUUUUCAAAAUGCUCUAGAUGCCGAGGUAGUGGCUGGUAGCUCACUGAAGAAUGAUGAAGAACGGCCAAGGGAUGCGGACUGGAAGAAGACUCCGACGACGAGGGUGGAUGAGUGA